UUGCCUCUCUUUCUUCCCCUCCCUCCCUCCCAGCAGAGUUCCUUAGCUUGUGCUUUGAUUGUAACAUUGUAACAAGUUCCAGGAAGAAGACUGACAGUGAUGUAAGAAGCAAAAAACAAAUUUGGCCCGCUUCCUCCAAUGGCGGCUGUGGUGUCCGACUCCCCCAGCCAUGUCCUGGCAGAAUUCGAUUCUCUGGACCCUCUGCUGUCAGCGCUGCGAUUGGAUUCCAGCCGGCUGAAGUGUACCUGCCUGGCCGUGUCCCGGAGAUGGUUGGCUCUCGGCAGUUCCGGAGGAGGUCUCAACCUCAUCCAGAGAGACGGCUGGAAGCACAGACUCAUCCUCACACACAAGGAAGGAGCGAUUUCCAGGGUCGCCUGCUGCCCCCAUGAUGACGACUUUGUGGCUGUAGCAACCAGUCAGGGAAUUGUGGUGGUCUGGGAACUCAACCAGGAACGUCGCGGGAAGCCCGAGCGCAUCUACGUCUCUUCCGAACACAGGGGCAGGAAGGUGACCGCCCUCUGCUGGGACACGUCGGUACUGCGGGUCUAUGUUGGGGAUCACAUGGGCAAAGUGUCGGCAAUCAAACUGAACUCUUCCAAGCAAGGAAAGGCUGCCGCGGCUUUUGUGAUGUUCCCGGUUCAGGUCAUUACCAGUGUGGACUCCCGCAUAGUACAGCUGGAUUAUUUAGACGGCCGGCUUCUGAUCUCCUCCCUGACGCGCUCUUAUCUGUGUGACACUGAGAGGGAGAAGUUCUGGAAAAUCGGUAAUAAGGAAAGAGAUGGGGAGUACGGCGCGUGUUUCUUCCUUGGUGGGCGGAACUCUGGAGGUCAGCAGCCACUAAUAUACUGCGCUCGCCCCGGAUCCAGGAUGUGGGAGGUGAACAUCGAGGGAGAAGUACAGAGUACACACCAGUUCAAGCAGCUCUUGUCUUCUCCGCCAUUGCCGAUCAUUAGCACACGGUUUGAGCCCCAGUAUGACCCAUCGCCUGGACCUCCUCAGUCUUUGGCUUUUGGGAAACUUCUGUUCUUCGGUGAUCACAGUGUUGUGACAUGGACAGACCGAGGGAUCUAUGUGUUCCUUCCUCAGAACGUCCAGGUUCUGCUCUGGAGUCAGGUUAAAGGUAUCCAGGACAUGUGUGUGUAUAAGACGGAGCUACUCUGUCUGCACGUCGAUGGGAAGAUCUCCCACUUCUCUCUGCUGCCGGUGGACAGAUGUGUGGAACGGCUUAUUAAAUGGAGCUCCUGGGGUCUGGCGGCAAGAGUCUGCCAUCUUUUCCAAAAUGCUGUUAUUUCCAGCAAAGCAAGGAAGGUGUUGCCGAUGGACAAGCUGGAGCAUGUGAAGUCCCAGCUGGACCUGGUUCUGCAGGCAGAUCUAGUGAAACAGAUGGAAGAGGUCCUUUCCCGCAUAGAGCCCAUGGAUUCAGCAUGCAGCAGCAGGCGAAGCAGUAUCUCCUCCCAUGAGAGCUUCAAUGUGCUGGACUGCGGCAUCUACCGAGUGGUUAGCCGCAGGAACAGCCAAUCAGAUGAAGACUCCGGCUCUCUGCACAGUCAGACGCUAUCAGAGGAUGAGAGGCUGCGGGAACUCUCCGCACCGCUGGAGGAUGAGCAUGUAGAAUCGGACACCACCUCUCAUGCCUCUGUGACCAUGGACAGCGAUCGGACCGAACCCAUCCUCCCAUUCAAUCUCUCACUGCCAUUCCGUUCCACCUCACCCCGCAUGUCCCUGCAGGCUGUCAAAGAAAGUGUCUCAAGCUUUGUCAGAAAAACCACUGAGAAAAUCGGUACCCUCCACAUGAGUCCUGAAAUAAGGAGGAAGCAGGAGGCCAAGGAGGAAGAGCACCCCCAUGAAGUGCUCAUGGAUGGUUUGGCCCAACAAGAAGAAGAAAAGACUGAGAUAGAACCUCCCCAACCACCAACACCUUCCGUGGAGGAAAUUCUGCUGGGAGAACUGAAGUUCGCAACGUUGGAAGCCAUGCAUAAACUUCAGGACUCUCAAGUGUUGUUUAACGUGGAAGAAAUGGGAAAGGUCCUAAAAGACUGGUUGAUGAACUUGGAGAAGGCUCUCAGUCCCCAGGACCUCACUGGCUCCUGUGAGACGUCGCUGAACUCCUCAGGGGAAGCAGACGGCGCCACAAUCGAUUCAUCCGACAUGGAGGAGAUGGAGAGGAAACCGUCUGUGUGUUCCCGGGUGGAGGACGAUUUGGUCUUCAGAGUACGCGCUCCGUGUUUCAUAGAAGAACCUCUCCAUCGAGACCUCUCCCAGCUGGCUAUCAUGUGCCUAGAAUAUAACGUUUUCACUAGCGAGGCUUCCCUUGACGGGAACCCAAGUGCCUGCCGCUUUAUACGCAAGUACCUCUUCCUGCUGGACCUCAAAAGGCUAAAGCGAUGCCUCGCCCUGAUUUACGUCGACGUCCCCAGCGUCUGGGACACGUACAUUGAAGGAUUAAAAGAUCUGGCCGGUCCGGGUCCGGUGGCGUUGGCCAUUGAGAAAGGAGAUCUGGUGAGCGCUGUGCAGAAACUGAAGGAUAUGGAGCCCUGGGACAGCCCUCUCCUCCUCGCCUAUGUGUCCAGGAUUUAUGACAAAUUUGGCGAAUCGGCAGUGAGAUCCCUCCCUAAGUUCUACCCGUCGAUCUUACCGGUGGACGUUAAGCAUCUUUGCAGGGCCAAUCCGGGGCACUUUUUGGCCUACUUGGACAAUCUCAUCAAGACAAAACCUGAACAGCAAAGAUUAUUCCUGUUACAGUCUCUUGCUCAACCGGAAUCCUUAAAGUUAGACUGGCUGCAACUAGCAGUUUCCCAUGAUGCCCCCCACUCUUCAAGCACUGUUGACAGCACUGGAAACCCAAGAUCCCGCUCACACCUGUUCACCUGGGGCUAUGGACAUCUCAUGUCUCUUUUAAUUGAACUGCCAUCGGACUUUGUAACCAAAGAGAAAAUGCUACAAAUCUGCAGGACAACUGGGUAUUGGCAGGGAUACAUCACGCUGUGCCUGCAGCUGGACAGACGGUCGGAGGCCCUGACCAGUAUCGUGUAUCUGGAUGACAUGAGUCUGAUCGAUGAGAAUAACGGUCUGUUACCGGAGACGAUGGACGAGUGGAAAAGUAUUCUGCACUUGGCGCAGACCUGCGGAGCUCACCGCCAGGGCGUGACAAACGGCGACGCCCUCACCAACGGCCAUUCCGAUUGGACAAGCUGCAUUACUGUGGAGAAUGUGGCACUUCUAUUGGCCAAAGUGAUUGGCCCCGAUAAAACGUUGCCGUAUUUGGAGGAAUGGGGCCUGACGGAGAAUGUGUCUGAGAGGUAUUCCCAGGUCUGCGAGGUCAUGAAGGUGGCGGAGAAGAGACAAAGGGCCUUAAUUCAGUCUAUGCUGGAGAGAUGCGAGCGAUUUCUGUGGUCGCAGCAGGCGUGAUCCUGCCACGCGUUGGACAAUAAACGGACGCUGAGAGAUUCCGCAUCCUGUGCCUCUAUUGGAGCAAACUCUUCAAUGACUUCUGUACGUCUUAUUUAUGUGUUCACAAUUCUGGAGAUGAAUGUUACAAAGUAUCAGACCUCAGUGCCUAAACCUGGACCGUCUUCCAUUCCGCAGCCGCUAGAACGCCAAGCCGGACAUGAACAGAUCUGGCAAACGCUAGCUUAUCAAAGUCAAGUGCUGAAAGGAGGAAUCUGAUUGGCUGCUGGAAACAAAAAAAAACAGAUCUUCCUUCAGACACUGAUUAGCCAGUAUUCCCUGUUAUGAUGAUGUCAGUUCACCAAUCGCCGUUCAACAAAAGCGCACAGAGGAGACGUAUCGGUGAUUCCCCUGGCAGCUUAUCAAAUGACUUCUUUUUUUUUUUUUAUGUACUGGAACGAUGAGAUCUGUGAGCUCAUUGGUUGUCUUUAGCAACACCCUCACACUCCUUUCAGAGAUUUAUUUUCACUGACAGUAUAUUCCGUAUUCACAGCUUGAAUCUUCUAUCACACACCUCCGUCAUUCUUGUCUGUUCAUUGUUGUGUCAUGUCCUGUUUAAAAAGUUAGGAUUUAUUUUUUUGAGUAAAAAUAUUUUUGAUGUGCA